AUGAAGGGCUCCAUCUGGGCUUUCUUCUUAUUGUCAGCCCUGGUGGCCAUCUCUGGAGGGAGUGGUAAGGAAGUACUGAAGAUCUGUGGGCGAGAUUUUAUUAGGGCUGUUGUCUACGUCUGUGGCGGCUCUCGGUGGAAAAAGGACCUGCAAGAGGCCUUUGAAAACAAGGUGGAAGGAACAAGGCUCUUCGGUGUACCAAACCAAAAUGGAGCUUCUGAAGAUAUCCCAGAUGACAGCCUCCUCUACCUUGAAUCCCCUGAGGAUAAAAUUCCCAGCAGGAAUCACCACCCUGUGGGUACUGGGAGACAAAAGAAGGAAGAUUUGUCCAGUAGUCUGUCUGUUUUCUGCUGUAAGGUUGGCUGUACUACAAAAGACUUGAGCAAGCUGUGUUAG